AUGGUGCGCACGAAUGUCCUGGCUGAUGCUCUCAAAAGGAUCAACAAUGCAAAAAAGAGAGGCAAACGCCAGGUGCUUCUUAGGCCGUGCUCCGAAGUCAUCAUCCUGUUUCUCACUGUGAUGAAGCAUGGUUACAUUGGCGAAUUUGAAAUCAUUGAUGAUCACAGAGCUGGGAAAAUGGUUGUGUACCUCACAGACAGGCUAAACAAGUGUGGAGUGAUCAGCCCCAGAUUUCAUGUGCAACUCAAAGAUCUAGAAAAAUGGCAGAAUAAUCUGCUUCCAUCCUACCAGUUUGGUUUCAUUAUAUUGACAACCUCAGCUGGCAUCACAGACCAUGAAGAAGCAAGACGAAAACACACAGGAGGGAAAAUCCUGGGAUUCUUUUUCUAGGGAUGUAAUACAUAUAUUUACAAAUAAAAUGCCUCAUGGAAAAAAAAA